AUGACUCAGGGGUAUUCUCAUAGAUCUCUGCAGCAGCAGCAGCAGCAGCCACAUGAGGAGAAGCAGCAGCAGCAGCUUCAGGACAAGCUGCAGCAGCAGCAGCAGCAGCAGCAGCUGAAUAACCACCACCAACAGCAGCUGGAGCAGCAGCGGCAGCAGCAGGACCUUGCUGCUGCUGCUGCGUGUCUGAGGCUUCGUGACCUAACCAUAUCUGUUGCAGGCCUUCAAGCAGCAGCAGCAGCAGCAGCAGCAGCAGCAGCAGCCGAAGCCAGCAACGCUUGCCCCGUCCACAGCAGCAGGAGCACAAGCAGCAGCGGCUACAGCAAUGACGCGAGUUGCUGCUGCAGGGCUCAAAGCCCUGAAGCUCUCUCCUCUGCAGAUCGCCCUGCACCAGCAGCAGCAGCAGAAGAAGAAGCACCAGGAGCUGCAGCAGCAGCAGCAGCAGCAGCAGCAAGCCACCCCAUAGGUUUGCUGCACCUUCCCAAUCAUUUGCUGCUGCUCGUAUUUUGCCUUAUUGGAGUCGGCAGCGAAGGGCUUCGGAAUACCGCUGCUGUCUGCCGCCGCUUUCGCCUGGCCCUGAAGGAAGAUUUUCUAUGGAGGCACUUUUUCAAUACCCGAUUCACCCCGAAGCUUAGUUUGUCAGUGCGGCGUUUCUAUGGCCUCCCCCUCGACUGUCCUGGCAGCAGCAGCAGCAGCAGUAGCAGCAGAAGCUGCAGUCUCAUCAGCAACAGCAGCGAUGCCGCGGAGCAAGAAGCCGGCAGCAGCAGCAGCAACAACAACAACAGCAUCAGCAGCAGCAGCAGCAGCAGCAUCAACAUCAGCGAAACAGCUUCUCCCUCCAGAUCAGCUGGAGGCAUACGCAGCAUCAGCAGCACCACCAGCAUCAGCACCACCGCCAGCAGCAUCAGCAUCAGCAGCAGCAUCAGCAGCAGCAUCAGCAGCAGCAGCAGCAGCAGCAGCAGCUCAGCAGCAGCAGCAGAGCGCAGUGUCUGUUGGUACAAUUUAUACGAAGCGAAGGACAGACUGGAAAAGAAAUUCUCACUGGGGCUUUUUGAGAGAGAAGUUAUACUCAAUGUCGCACAAGAAGGGACUCUGGAAGGCAGCUUGCUUCACUGCAGCAGCAGCAGCAGCAGCAGCAGCAGCAGCAGCAGCAGACGCAGGCGAGGCCUGCAGCAGCACUCGCUCUUGCAUGCGCGGGAAACGAGGCGCAGCAGCACCACCAGCAGCAAGAUGAAUCUCUUUUUGUCGGAUAUGGAGACGGCAUGGUGCGGCUGUGGUGUGUGCAGCAGCAGCGAGUCCUUGCCUCUUGCCGAACUGCUUCUGGGGCUGUGCAUGCGCUCUGUGUCAGCAGCAACAGCAGCAGCAGCAGCAGCAGCGAGGGUUUGCUGCUGUGUACAGGCUGCAGCAGCGGGGAUUUGCUGCUGCUGUCAGUCGGGGAGAGCAGCGUGCAGCAGCUUUCUAUAA